AAGGGUAUAUAAAAGAAGUCGGGACCCUCCAGAGCAAGGCCAAUUAUCCGAGAAGACACGGAAGACAUGGAAGGACCAACUGCCGUUCAAACCCAGCCGACCCUGAUGGACGGUGGAAAUUACAUUAAGGAAGGGCUGGACAACGCCAAGUCUACGUGCCUCUACUUCUCGCCGAGAAAGGAAGACGAAGUUGGAGCUCUUGUGGCAUACCUAGAGCUAUUUAAGAAACACAAUGUCAACCUCCUCCACAUCGAGUCCAGGUCUUCGAUGAGAUUCCCAGACCGUUAUGAGUUCAUGGUGGAAUGCGCACCCGGAGGUGACCUCGGCGGUGCUAUCCAAAAGCUGAAAGAGUCCUGCGAAUACUUCAACAUCAUAUCCAGAAACCACACAAACAACAGAGGUACUGUCCCAUGGUUUCCGAGAAGAAUCAGAGAUCUUGACAGAUUCGCCAACCAGAUCUUGACAUAUGGUGCCGAACUGGACGCAGACCACCCCGGCUUCACGGAUCCGGUGUACAGGGCGAGGAGGAAGUACUUCGCAGACAUUGCCUACAACUACAAACACGGCGAACCGAUUCCGCGUGUUGAGUACACACCAGAAGAAAUCGCCACUUGGGGGACCGUCUUCAAGCAGCUCUCCUCUCUUUAUCCCACCCACGCCUGCAAAGAGCACAACCACGUUUUCCCUCUGCUCAUCGAGAACUGCGGCUUCAGGGAAGAUAACAUCCCACAGCUCGAGGACAUUUCUAAUUUUUUAAAGGAUUGCACAGGGUUCACUCUGAGGCCGGUGGCAGGUUUGCUGUCUUCGAGGGAUUUCCUCGCAGGCUUGGCUUUCAGGGUGUUCCAUUCGACUCAGUACAUCCGCCACCCAAGCAUGCCGCUCUACACACCAGAGCCUGACGUGUGCCACGAGCUUUUGGGCCACGUGCCACUUUUUGCCGAUCCUUCAUUUGCCCAGUUUUCACAAGAAAUCGGACUCGCCUCGCUCGGCGCGCCUGACGAAUAUGUCGAAAAAAUCGCAACUUGUUACUGGUUCACCGUCGAGUUCGGCCUUUGUCGGCAGAACGAUCAGCUCAAGGCUUUCGGAGCCGGACUUCUUUCUUCAUACGGUGAGCUUAAGUAUUGCCUGAGCGACAAACCUGUCCUCAAGUCCUUCGAUCCACCUGUGACCGCGCUCCAGACUUAUCCUAUAACAGAAUAUCAACCAGUCUACUUCGUCGCUGAGAGUUUUGACGAUGCAAAAGAAAAAAUGAUAAAAUAUGCAGAAAUCAUCCCAAGGAAUUUCGGUGUGAGGUACAACGCUUACACACAAAGCGUUGAAGUUUUGGACUCCAAACAGCAAAUUCAGGAUCUUCUUCGCCAAUCAAGCCGUGAAAUAUGUUCCCUUACUGACGUCCUCAAUAGGGUCUUAUAAUAUAACAAUCAAUCACUUUAUGGUUCAAAUUGGCAGAUUUGUGUUCCAUUUUUUUCCCUCUUGAAUAAUUAGAAAUUGUGAUUGAAACCCUUAAAACUGUAUCAAUUGGAUGGUAGUGAAAUGCAAGAAACUGCUGUAACUAUUUUUUUAUCGAUAAUAAACGUAACCUUUGA